AUGUCCAGCUUUAAGGCCCUCAGAGUCCUGGCGCGCCCCGUCGCCAGGCAAUCGUGUCCCACCAUCGCAGUAACCUCGAUGCAGUCCCGUUUGCACUCGUCCAAGCACCCUAUUGGCUUCAAGCCGCCGGCCACGGAGGAUCUGGAGGAGCUUCGUGAGCGUGUGCAAGAAUUCACGCGACGUGAGAUCUCAGAGGAAGUCGCCGCGCACACGGACAAGUCCAACGCCUUUCCGAACGAGAUGUGGCAGAAGCUGGGCGAGGCGGGCUUCCUGGGCAUCACGGCCGACGAGGAUGUCGGCGGGCUGGGCCUGGGCUACCAAGCGCACUGUAUCGUCAUGGAGGAGCUCUCGCGCGCGUCCGGAUCGAUCGCUCUAAGCUACGCUGCGCAUUCCCAGCUCUGCGUCAACCAGCUGCAGCUAAACGGCUCGCCAGAACAGAAAGAAAAAUAUCUGCCCGGCCUGAUAGCUGGUACUAGCAUCGGUGGCCUGGCAAUGUCCGAGUCGGGCUCCGGUAGCGACGUUGUCAGCAUGCGCACGACCGCCAAAGAAGUUGACGGUGGCUACGUUCUGAACGGCUCCAAGAUGUGGAUUACCAAUGGCCCCGAUGCCAAUGUCAUUGUCGUCUACGCCAAGACAGAGCCCGAGAAGGCUUCCAGGGGAAUUACUGCCUUCAUUGUUGAUACCACCGCCAAGGGCUUCAGCUGUGCGCGCAAGCUCGACAAGAUGGGGAUGCGUGGCAGCAAUACUGGCGAGCUCAUGUUUGACAACGUGUUCGUUCCCAAGGAGAAUAUCCUCGGCAAGGUCAACGGCGGCGUGCGCGUGCUGAUGGAGGGCCUCGAUCUGGAGCGCCUGGUCCUCAGCGCUGGUCCUCUAGGUCUCAUGCAGGCUUCUCUUGAUGUUGCCCUUCCAUUCAGCCACCAGCGUAAGCAGUUUGGCCAGCCAAUCGCCCACAAUCAACUUGUUCAGGGCAAGCUGGCCGAUAUGCACACCAAGCUUCAAGCUUCGCGGGCAUACACGUACGCGACGGCUCGCGUUGUCGACGAGCAGGGCAAGAUUCGCACUGAGGACUGCGCUGGUGCUAUUCUAUACGCGGCCGAGCGCGCUACGGAGUGCUCCUUGGACUGCAUCCAGCUUCUUGGCGGUAUGGGAUAUGUGGAGGAGAUGCCGGCCUCGCGCUUGCUACGAGAUGCCAAAUUGUAUGAGAUUGGCGCGGGUACAUCAGAAAUCCGUCGCAUGGUCAUUGGCCGCGCUUUCAAUAAACAGUACGCCUAA